AUGGCUUUGAAGAAGAUGCUCGCAUUAACUAAGGGUCUUGAAGAUCCGACGCACCCAUUGCUGGGGCCAACAUUAAAAGCUUUAUCCGUGUUUGGAUUAUGGCAAACGGGAAGUCGGAAAUCUACAGUCAUUUACAAUACGUUCCAUUUCUUGACUUUUUUGUUUGUAAUAACAGAAUACAUAGACCUUUACACGGUUAGGAAAGACCUUAGCAAAAUGCUAAAUAAUUUAUCAGUUACCGUUCUGAGCACAAUCUGCAUGAUUAAAACUCUAUCGUACGUCUGCCGCCAAUCCCAUUUGAAGGUUCUGGUACGCGAAAUAUCCGAACUGGAGCUAGAGUUGAUGAAAACCACCGACAAAAACAUAGUGAAACGCUUGAGGCAAUAUACGGUUUAUACCAGAGCGGUGACUUACGUUUACUGGUUUCUAGUUGUCGGUAUAAACGUUGUGCUACUUACAUCUCCAUUGCUAAGAUACGCGUCAUCCGAGAUAUAUCGCUCGGAAAUAAAGAAUGUUACAGAGCCCCCUCCACUGAUACUAUGCUCGUGGUUUCCAUUUGACAGCGCUAGGAUGCCAGGCUACUUUUGGGCAACUAUGGUCCAUAUCAUUAUGUCAAUCCAAGGCUGCGGGGUCGUUGCCACAUACGAUAUGAACGCCGUCGCUGUAAUGUCUUAUCUCAAAGGGCAAACGAGUAUUUUAAAGGAUAAAUGUAAGGCUAUUUUCGAUGAGACAGCCUCAAGUAGGGAUGUUUUGAAUCGCAUUAGAGAUUGUCACAGACAUCAUAAUAUAUUGUUAAGACAUUACUACAUGUUCAACUCGCUGCUGUCACCCAUAAUGUUCGUCUACAUGCUCAUAUGUUCAUUUACGAUCUGCUGCAGUAUUAUACAGUUGGAUUCAAGUGAAACAACCAUAUCUCAAAGGAUUUGGAUCAUACAGUACUCGAUCGGACAGAUUUCACAAUUGUUUUUGUAUUGCUGGCAUAGCAAUGAAUUUGCUGCGAAGGUAAAAAAGAAACAUUUUCCCUUAUUUCCAAUCAAUCUGUUUUAA